AUGGAUGCACCGACGAAACCGGUCCAGCUUCAAUACCAGAAGAGUUUUCUGCAUAUACGGGAGCAUGAGGGCCACAUGGAAAGGUCCUUCAGCGCACCAGAGCUGCACAGCCCCACUGGGCGACAUGGGCGUGAUGCCGAGAUGGUCAUCGAGGCAUUGCUGCAGCGGCUGGCAAAGUGGCCAUCCAGGCCGUCCAGCCAGGCAGUCUCGGAGCUGCUGAACUCGGAAAGCUUCGGAAGCCGAGGACAUCCCGAAUUUUGCUGCAGGCCAUGUGUCUAUUUCAUACAUGGCAAGUGCCGCUUGGGUGCGUCUUGCACCAUGUGCCAUGAGAUUCACAACAACAUAUCUCUUUCAAAGUCACAGCGGCGGAAGAUGGAAGAGUUGCGGGAUUGGGAGCUACUGAUGGUCAUCUACGAAAGCCUUUGUAUCAGGCAAAAGCAUUCGUUAAGAAAGCAACCAGAACAUGCAAAGAACGGCAUUGCCACCAUUCUGGCUAUUCUAGAGGAGGAGAUUUCGAGGCUCCAUCCAGGUGUAGAAUCCGCGCAACGGUUCUUGGAAGAGGUAGCUCCACCCUUGGUGGAAUCUCUGGCAAAAAGGUCAACUUCAGCCAUUAUGAGCUUCGCGAGAGCCGCUCAUGGAUUGAAUCCCAACCUUUGCAAGGCUCUUACCAAAAACCUUGAAAGCAUUCGAAUGGCCAGCGUGCUUUCCUUUCUACUCUGUGGAGAUGUAGAGAAUCAGUCCUAG